UCGAGCGGGCAACCCCCUGCCGCAAGCCGGCAGGGAGGCUGGGGCGUGCCUGGGAGGGGUGCCGGCGCUAAGGGUGGAGCGCACGCUGCGGACGUGAGGGGGCGCUGCAGUAUGGGGGCACGGCGCCGGCAAGGUCCCGGACGCUGGAAGUCUAGGUUGGUCGGGGCUGCAGCGGGUGCAGCCAGCACGGAUCAGAGAGGGGCUCUGGGCUCAGGGUAGGGCGCGCGCAGUGGCGCAGACUGAGGGAGAGGGUGCUGUGAGGGAAGUGUAUGGCGUGGGCAAAGGCGUGGCGGCGAGAAUGCGGCGCGUACCCGGGAAGGUGGGCUUGGAGUCACGUCUCCAGGUGGACCUUUGUUCUGAGGCGCCAGGAAGGCCCUGCUGCAUCUGGACCGAGGAGUCGGAGAGUAGGGCAGUAGUGGAUCGGAAAAGGAAGGGCUCAGGCCCUGCGGGCUGAUGCACUGGUUUCUGCCUCAUCGCCCGGGCACUGAUUUGAAGUCCUUUAGAUGCUGGGUGAAUAAAGACUUUAAGGGUGUUGUGGCAGAGGCAACGGCACGUGCAAAGACUAGGCUCGUUUGAGGACUCGCCAAGAAUUCUUCCCACGGAGGGCUGUGAGCCGAGGGUCCAGAUGUGUUAGGUGUUAAUAGGCUCCCUCUGGCUGUCGCGUGGGUUAGAGACCCGGAGAUGGCAGCGGCAGAGGCGGUGCACCACAUCCACCUGCAGAACUUCUCACGGUCACUGCUUGAGACCCUCAACGGGCAGCGGCUGGGUGGGCACUUCUGUGACGUGACCGUGCGCAUCCGUGAGGCUUCGCUGCGCGCACACCGCUGCGUGUUGGCCGCUGGCUCACCCUUCUUCCAGGAUAAAUUGCUGCUUGGCCACUCCGAGAUCCGCGUGCCGCCGGUGGUGCCUGCGCAAACCGUACGCCAGCUCGUCGAGUUCCUUUACAGCGGCUCGCUCGUGGUGGCACAAGGCGAAGCGCUGCAGGUGCUCACGGCAGCGUCGGUGCUGCGCAUCCAGACCGUCAUAGACGAGUGCACGCAGAUCAUCGCCCGCGCCCGCGUCCCCGCCCUAGCCACCCCAGUGCCCCCGCCCCUGCCUACUCCCGUUCCGCCAUCACUUGCGCCCGCGCAACUGCGCCACCGCUUGCGCCACUUGUUGGCCGCGCGCCCCCUGAGCCAUCCUGGUGCCGCACAUAGCCGCAAGCAGCGCCAGCCCGCACGCCUGCAGCUGCCUGCGCCCUCGGCGCCCGCCAAGGCGGAGGGGUCGGACGCCGACCUCGCCCUACCCAUGGCUCCAGAAGACGACGGUGGUGACGACGAUGACGACGACGAGACCGAUGAUGAGACCGACGGUGAGGAAGGCGAAGGCGGCGUCAGGGGUGAGGGCCAGGCACCCCCAUCCUUCCCCAACUGCGCCGCCAGCUUCCUCACCACCGCCGCUGACAGCGCGCGAGAGGAGCCACCUGCGUCUGCAGUCCUUUCUGACUAUGGCAGCGCCGGGAGGGACUUCCUUCGGGGGCCUUCGGGUGCAGAGGACGUGUUCCCCGAUAACUACGUAUCCCCGUGGCAAGAGGAAGACGGUACCGUCAUCGAAAGCUGUCCCGCAGAGGUCCCAGUCCCGCCCGACUGCAUUCUGUCCGGAUCCCGCCCGCCUGGUGUGAAGAACCCGGGGUCGCCUGUCACGCUUUUCCCCUUUCAUCUGGGCGCUCCAGGGCCAUCGGCUCAGCCCCCUUCCGCACCCUCCGGGCUAGCCGCUGCGCCACCGCCUGCCUUCUACACUGCGCUCCAGCCUGAUGGGGCCUCCAGUGCGCCUCUGGUAGAGGCUCCCGACCCACCCUCUGCUCCUGCUGCCACCCCUGCACGUGCCUCGGGUGCCGAGCCACCUGCCUAUGAAUGCAGCCACUGCCGCAAGACGUUCAGCUCGCGGAAAAACUACACAAAGCACAUGUUCAUCCACUCCGGGGAGAAGCCCCACCAGUGCGCCGUGUGCUGGCGAUCUUUCUCGCUGCGCGACUACCUGCUCAAGCAUAUGGUCACACACACGGGAGUGCGUGCCUUCCAGUGCGCUGUCUGUGCCAAGCGUUUCACGCAGAAGAGCUCGCUCAACGUGCACAUGCGCACGCACCGGCCAGAGCGCGCGCCCUGCCCUGCCUGCGGCAAGGUCUUCUCGCACCGCGCACUGCUGGAGCGCCACCUGGCCUCCCACCCUGCGCCCUGAUCCAGGCUGGAACCUGGCCACGCUCAUCGUGGGUUUGACCACACUCCGCAGUUGGCCAUACCCACCACGGGGUCUGUGUAUCCUGUGGAGCUAAGUCACACCCACUGCAGGACUAGUGAUAUCCCUGCUGAGCCUGGUCACACCAUGGGCACCGUGACCACAUUCCCACCACCAGACCAGGCUUUGCCCUGAGUGCAGGCCCUCCCCCUGCUCCCACCCUCUUCACCAUCAACCAGGGGCCCAACCCGCCUAACUCCUACACUGGGACCUUCCAGGUAGUGGCUGCUGGAGCUGGGGCUGGUCAGAGAGACCCAACCACCUGAGAACUGGAUCAUCUCCAGUCUGAACUGGACGCUCAGAAUUGGAGCAGGGCCCAGGAUUCGUGGCUCCAACUAUCGCACCCCACCUCCCAUGAGUGGAGUGGGGUCUAGGCCUGUUUCUCUACCCCAGUGUCGGGCUGGGCGCCCCACCCCAAGCUACCCCUCCCUCUUCUGGCACUUAAGAGGGCUCAGAUGGACCCAUCAUGGAUUGGGGCCAGACCUUGGGAAACCCGCUUUGUAAUAAAGGACUGUGGCCCAUGGGGCCAAAACCGUGCAUUUCUCACUCACAGACUGGCUGUGGACAUCAGGGCUUAGCACCGCCUUCCCUGGGCCACACCCGCUUCCCCCCUUGGACUUGGUCAUCUCAUGCCUCAGUGGGGUGCAUAUGUGAUCAGUGCUUAACUCCUAGAGCCCUUGGUCCUGUGGGGUGGGGUACAGGCCAACUCCAUACGAGGUGGGUCUCAGGGAGGGAGGCCACAUGUGGGACCCCACCCCAGUCAAAUUUGCUGCAGUCCAAGUUGAAAAUGUUGAGCCCUCUGCCCCCAGAUCCUCCAAGCCCUUUGAACUUCCUUUUGGAGGACCCAGGGGGUCUUUGGGGCCAGACCGCCAUGAGAAGACCUUAGCCCCUGGAUGCCUGCCCUGGGGGACAAGCUUGAGUGCUGGGCGGGUUGGGGUGGUGGGGAGUGGCAUCUACACCAUUGGGCUGCUGUUGAAGAGGGCGAUCCGUGGUGGUGAGCUGGUGUCACGCAACCCCGUGUCACUUAAAGUGCCAGCUCAGAGCAAGGCUGUACCACCUGCCUCCAGUGCUGGUGUGACAGCUGACCUGGGUGCCCUGCCCUUAGGAUUUGGGGCAGCUUGUGGUGGGUGCAGCUUGGAGGGAGGUUCCCCAGCACGACCUGUUGGCUCCUGGCAGCAUAUCUCUGAGCUCCACCCUGUGACUGCCUCUCAGAGGUGAGGGGGCAUCCCACCAUGUGU